UAUGAUUCCUCCCUGGAAAUCAUACUACAUAAUGAAACUUUUGUCACCAAGACUCGUCCAACUUGUUUUUAUUUAUCUCAUUGGUAGCUUCUUUUUUUAACCUAAUACAGCUCAUAAAGAAUCUAGUCCUUGCAGUGAUGCCACACUACCUACUGUGAACGCAGACCAGCACAGAAGGAGCUGCUCGGCUACAGCUGGCACCAACAGAUCUGGCAAAAUCCCUGAACUAAGCAUGAGAUGCAGAUCUUGAGUUGCAGGCUCUCUUGAUUUGGCCACAGGGAGGAGUAAGACAGAGUGACAGCUCAGCAUAUUGCAUCACAUCGUUUGUAUCAGAAUGGCUAGGUCAAGAACUAGACCUUGGGAGCCAUGGAUGAUUGCUUUGAUUGUGUUAGCGAUAUUGCUGAUCUUAGCCACUGCCAUUGGCUUGCUUGUGUAUUUUUUGAUAUAUGAUCAGAAGUUAUUCUUUUACAAUGCUUCCUUUAGAAUCAAUAAUGUGAAAUAUCAGCCUAACUUUGAAAAACAGACUUCAGCAGAAUUUAGAGAACUGAGCAGAAGUAUUGAGAUUUUGAUUAAACAAGCAUUUCAAGCUAGUCCCUUAGAAAAAAGGCUCAUUAAUUCACGUGUUGUCAGGCUAAGCCCAGGGAAUGAAGGUGUCCUGGUAGAUGUGGUGCUGAUAUUUAAGUUCAUUGCCACAGAUAAUAAAGAGAUACUCUGGACAAAUAUUUAUCAUAUUUUGCUGAAAAAACUGAAAGCAUCAACAUGGCCCUUAAGUAUUGAUCUUUCUUCUUAUAAGCUCUCAGAGAUAAAUGAAGAAAAUGGUACAAAUCUUCUUAACAGUUUAGGUUGUGGGACACGACUGGACAGAUCUGUGGAGAGAAUCUAUGGAGGAACUAUUGCAGGGGAAGGGGAAUGGCCCUGGCAAGCUAGUCUCCAGCUAAAUGGCAUUCACCGUUGUGGAGCAACGCUGAUCAGCAAUAACUGGCUUGUGACUGCUGCUCAUUGUUUUAGAGGUGUCCGAGAUGUUAGAAGUUGGACAAGUAGUUUUGGGGCUCGUCUAAGACCUCCAACAAUGAGAAGGAAUCUUCGCCAGAUCAUCGUUCAUGAUCAUUAUGCCAAUAAUGUCAUGAAUCAUGAAUUUGAUAUUGCUGUUGUACAGAUUUCACCCCCAGUGGAAUUUACAACUGCUGUACAUCGUGUUUGUCUUCCAGAAACUUCAUAUAUUUUUCCAGAGAAUACAACUUGUGCUGUUACAGGAUUUGGUGCUCUUAGAGAUGACGGUCCCAGUGUUGGUGAACUUCGUCAAACAGAAGUGAAAAUUAUAGGAAAUGAAAUUUGCAACAGAAGAGAAGUGUAUCAUGGAGCCAUUUCACCUGGAAUGCUCUGUGCUGGAUACCUGGAAGGAGGAAGUGAUGCUUGUCAGGGUGACUCUGGUGGACCAUUGGUUACAUCUGAUUCAAGAGGAAUAUGGUAUCUUGUUGGCAUUGUAAGCUGGGGAGAUGAAUGUGCUAAGCCAAAUAAACCUGGAGUCUAUACACGAGUUACUUACUAUCGAGAUUGGAUUGCUUUCCAUACAGGAAUCUGAAAUAAUGACGAGUAACUUUAUAUUAAUGUAUGAGAUCCAAGCAACCAAGGACUGUCAGAAAAUCAUUCAACAUCAACAGACUAUAAGACCCAGACCAAGUCCAACUCUUUCAAGAUGACCUGCCCCUUCUACUGAUGAAAUCAAGAAAGUGAUCUCACAGAGGAACUCAAAUAAAACAACAGAGCUGAGUGGCAUUCCUGCACUAGAUGCAAACACCUUGCAAGCAUUCCAAGAUGCUUUGGAAAACAUUUGGUCCAUGGAGGAGAUGUCUGAAGACCUCAGUGAUACCUUCAUUGUGUCUUCUAUAAAAACUAGGGAAGCAAAUUAGAUACUACAAAGAUAUCUUGUUGUUGUCCACUGCAGACAAAAUCUUUGCCCACAUUUUUCUGAACAGAAUAAUAAAACAUCUCUUUUUUUCAGCUAAAGUAGGCUGCUUUAAUAAAAAAAAAUUGAUAUUCCACUUUUGUAUUCACCUGAUAUUCAAGGCAGUUACCAAUUAAAAUAUAGAACAUAAAAUACAAUUUAUUUAUUUUUUAAAAUGAAAAUGAUUAACAACUAAAAGUCUGAGGUAGCUGGAAAUUCAUUUUUGUAUUAAAAAAAUGAAGAAACAUUGAAACAUAAUUCCUGAACUGAGAGAGAUAUCUUGCUCUGUAAUUCUAGGUGUAUUUAUUAUUUAUUGUGUAUUUAUGGUUGGCUCUUGUUGGCUGAACUUGAGAUUUUAGAGAACAAAGUGCAUAAAUUUAAUCAACUUGAAGGUAGUCCAACCUUGUAGGAGCAACAUUGCCUCCAGUACAUAUGAGCUUCCUAAUGCAAAAAGAUAGGAAAAUGAUAUGAGAGA